UGCCCCUUCACCAGUACUGUACAUCAGUCUAUGCUCAUUUCAAGAAACAGCUAGUCCAAGAACUCUCAUAGACUUUUGGAGACAUUUGUGCAUCUGACACAGGUUUGUAAAAAUUCCGAACUAAGAAGCUAAAUAUGAGGAUUCAACUUCUUGUUUUGCUGAUCACUGUCAUUGGAAUCAGUGCCACACCAACCAGCAGGCUCUCAUGCUACAAGAAGAUUUUAAGGGACCGAAACUGCCAUAAUAUCCCAGAGGGAGUGGAUAGUCUUACACCCCUACAUGGAAACCUUCAAGACCACUUCUGGGAGGGAAAUGGAUGUGAGAUGGUCUGUUACUGUAACUUUAAUGAGCUGUUCUGCUGUCCAAAGGAUAUAUUCUUUGGACCAAAAAUAUCCUUUGUGAUCCCCUGCAACAAGCCAUGAAAUAUGAAGCCAUCAUCUAAAGGAAAACUUGUUAGCAAAGGUUAUGUGAUGCUCUGUAAGAUGAUUACUCUUCAUCCAUUGCUAUUUUCAAGUUUAACCGUGGAUUUGUGCUAUGCCCUUGUUUAUGUACAAGUAAUCCGCUCAUGUACAGGCAUAGGAUCCAUUAUCCGGAAACCCGUUUUUCAGAAAGCUCCCAUAGACUCCACUUUAUCCA